UUCACUUCGAAAGAAUCGACUCCCUGAAUGAAUCGGAUCCGAGUCGGUCGUCGUCUCGGUUUGUUUGUGCUGUCUUGAGACGCGGAACACGCAGGAUCGUAAUGGCAGUCCAGGUGUGUUGCCGGGGUCAGCGCUUGACUCUGCGCAUGCUCAGUAGGAGUGUGUCUCACAGCAGUGUCUCCAUCAGCGAGCCGGACUCACACACACACACACCUGCGCCGUUCUCCCGCUCCGCCAUCGGGACCUUCUUCCAGGAGCGACCUCUGCUCACAAACCCCUUUACCCAGGAUGCACUGCUCCGGGCCUACCUGCAGCGCCACCUACCUGAUCAGCAGGUGCAGCGGGAUCUCCUGCUCUUCGGUGAGCGGCUGGUUUCUGAGAUCGAGGCUCUGGGUCGUCAGUGUGAGCUGAGUCCUCCUGUGCUGCAGCGCUAUGACGCCUGGGGCCGCCGCGUGGACCGCAUCCUCACCUGUGACGCCUGGACACGCCUCAAACACAUCUCUGCACAGGAGGGCCUGGUGGCAGCGGGGUACGAGCGCACCUACGGAGAUUGGAGUCGAGUGUAUCAGAUGAGCAAGAUCUACCUGUUCGCGCCGUCCGCUGGACUCUACACCUGCCCGCUGGCCAUGACGGACGGAGCUGCUAAAGUCAUCGAGUCUUUAGGAGUGCCGGUCAGAGAAGCGUUCGAGCGUCUGACCACACGUGAUGAGAAGAGGUUCUGGACGUCCGGACAGUGGAUGACCGAGCGCAGGGGAGGAUCUGACGUCUCGAGUGGUACGGAGACGGUUGCCAGGCGACAGCAGGAUGGAUGGUUCAAGCUUUAUGGCUUUAAGUGGUUCACGUCGGCCACAGACGCUGAUAUGACGCUGACUCUGGCUCGCAUCACAGACCGGCACGGACGCAGCACAGCGGGCAGCAGCGGUCUGUCUCUGUUCCUGGCUGAGGCCUGGGACUCUGACGGCUUGUGUAACGGGAUCGAGGUUCAGCGGCUGAAGGAUAAGCUGGGCACGAGGCAGGUGCCGACGGCCGAGCUGCUGCUGGACGGCAUGAGCGCUCAGCUGCUGUCAGAGGAAGGCCGCGGCGUCGCCUCCAUCGCUAACAUGCUGACUAUAACGCGCAUCCACAACACAGUGUGUGCGGUGGGUGCCAUGAGGAGGAUCACUCACCUGUGCAGGGAAUACGCACGCAAGCGUGCCGCCUUCAGGAAGCUGCUGAAGGAUCAUGCGCUACAUGUGCAAACGCUAAGCAGACUGGAGGUGGAGACUCGCGCCGCAUUUCUGUUCGCGAUGGAAGUGUGUCGUCUGCUGGGCCGCGAGGAGAACAGAAGCGCUAGCGACAGAGACACACUCCUGCUGCGGCUGCUCACACCCAUCGCCAAACUCUACACCGCAAGUCAGGCGGUCAGUGUCGUGUCAGAGGGGCUGGAGUCAUUCGGCGGUCAGGGAUACAUUGAGGACACAGGGCUUCCUUCCAUGCUGCGCGACGCUCAGGUGUUGAGUAUAUGGGAGGGAACCACUAAUGUUUUGUCUCUGGAUGUUCUCCGCUCCAUCGCGAAGUCGUCUGGGUCGGUUCUGCAGGCCUUCUUCACCGACGUCACCGAGCGUUUGCUGGCGGCCGAAGCGUCUGCUGCUCUGCGUCCGGCCGUCGCGUCUCUGCGCACAUCGCUCUCGGCUCUGAAGCGUUUCGCUCAGACAGCAGCGGCUCGACCCGCGGGAACUCUGGAGCUGUCAGCGCGAGACCUGGCCUACAGCCUCGCUCGCAUUUACAUGGGAGCGCUGCUGGUGGAUCACGCCACGUGGGAGAACGCAACACACACCGACAUCUACGCCGCUCUCAGGUGGUGUGAUCAGGAUCUGUGUCCGGUGGUCAGUCGAGACGCUGCCGGGUGUUAUGAUCCACAAACAGCAGCGAUGGACACGGCUCUGGUGUACGACGGCCUGCAGCCCUGAGAAAACACACACACACUCUCUCUCUCUCUCUCACACUCACACACACACUCGUAUUUGUUGUGGUAAAUCAUGAUGUCUGCCGCUCCGCCGAGGCGUUUGAUUGUAGUCGGUUUCACUGUCAUGUCAGGAGUUCAUGUAGUGUGAAUAGUAAAAUAUAUGUAGUGUGUGUGUGUGUGUGUGAGAGAGAGAUCUGGAGGAACCCACAGAAACUCUUCAGACGACUGCAGUCAGAUUCACUUCCGUUCAUUCAGAGCUUUGCUGUGAGAAUCAGAGAAAGAAAGAUUUACUGGCUCACGAUGAGAAUCCAAAUCAAACGCUGACUGUCUGACUGUAGAUAUAACAAACUCAACUAACUUGUAGGUUAACUAGUUUCAAAUGCUGGUUUGUAGUUGAUGUCACUUCUUGGGUGUGGCUAAUUAUUUCUUUAUGUGUAACUAAAUGAUUAUGUUUGAACAGAUGUAAUGAAUGAUGAUUGUAAUUGCUGGCUGCAUGAAUAAAUGGACAUGUGUUUGAUCUGA